CCCGCGCCGCCCCCCGCCCCGCCUGCGCGCUGCGGCUGGGCUCGGCGCGGCUGGGCUCGGCGCGGCUGGGCUCGGCGCACUCGGCGGGGCGCAGCGCGGCGGCGGCGGCGGCGGCGGGGCCUGCGGCUGCUCGGCCUCGGCGCGGCGGCAGGAGGGAGGCGGCCGGGCCGGCGGCGGCGCUGCCGCGGUGGGCUGGGCGCGGCGCGGCGCGGCUCCCCGAUGGCCGCGGGCUGCAGGGACGGCCCGGGGCAGGAGAAGUACCGGCUGGUGGUGGUGGGCGGCGGCGGCGUGGGCAAGUCGGCGCUCACCAUCCAGUUCAUACAGUCCUAUUUUGUUACGGAUUAUGAUCCAACAAUUGAAGACUCCUACACCAAACAGUGUGUGAUAGAUGAAAGAGCAGCACGCUUGGACAUUCUGGAUACAGCAGGACAAGAAGAAUUUGGAGCCAUGCGUGAACAGUACAUGAGGACAGGGGAAGGUUUUCUUCUUGUGUUCUCAGUCACCGAUAGAGGAAGUUUUGAAGAAAUCUAUAAAUUUCAGCGGCAAAUUCUUAGAGUGAAAGACCGUGAUGAAUUUCCUAUGAUUCUAGUUGGUAAUAAAGCAGAUCUGGACCAUCAAAGACAGGUGACACAAGAGGAAGGUCAGCAACUAGCACGACAGCUUAAAGUAACAUACAUGGAAGCCUCAGCAAAAAUCAGAUUGAAUGUAGACCAAGCUUUUCAUGAACUUGUCAGAGUUAUAAGGAAAUUUCAAGAACAGGAGUGCCCUCCAUCACCAGAGCCAACACGGAAAGAAAAAGACAAGAAAGGCUGCCAUUGUGUAAUUUUCUAAGAAUCCCAAGAACCAAGCUAUCAACUGCCAGAUUAUUUUUUCUUUCCAUCUUUUUACAUCACUUCCGGUAUUGGUCUAGCCUUAUAUGUGCAUGUCCUAAAAGUGGUCACCAGAAUAGCCUUAGUCCAAGAAGCUGGCAGAAUAGUUCUUAAAGAAGACUCGGUCAUCUUGGGGCAGACUUCAAAACAAAACACUAAGGCUGCUUCUUUAAUACCACAGUUCCUUCCUUCUCUCCCUUAAGAGGUUGCACCUUGUGGAGUUUUAUUCGCAAAGGAGAUGAAACAAAACCGUGUAGGACAAGGUGUUGAAGUCAUGCAUAAGUUGUUUCUUGUGAAUUAAUUUAUUUUUACGUCUGACAUUUCAUUAGCUAUUACAAAGACCUAUAUUGAAGUAUAGAGUAUACUUUUAAAAAGGGGUGGAUUGGCUUUUUGCCCUCAGUUAAAUUAGACUUGAGUAUUCAGCUAGCCUUAAGAAACCUACACUGCAUUUCAUUGUCAGCAAAAAUGUUCAUCUCUUGUUUAUGCUGCAGUUUUAUUUCAGUGGCCAAAACAGUCUACUGUAUUUAUUUUAUGAAUCCAGAGCAGCUACAGGAUGAUUGCUACUACUCUUAGAAUAUGGCCAAAUACCUGAGCUCAUUCUGGAUUGAGGCAUUUCAGCUUGUUAUGAAAUUUCACAUCGUUGUUUGAAAAAAAAUUAAUGUGUCUUCCUUUGUAUUUCUGGGUAAGGGAUUGAGGAAAACUUAAAAUUGUAGCUGUUUUUGUUUUAUGUGAUAUAAAAAUGAAUUUGAUCUUUCCAUUGUCAGAGAUGAUUAAAUGUUUUUGCUAUAUACUUUUAUACAUUAUUUUCUUAUCAAACUAGUUAACAAGUAUUUUUAUAUGUUUGUAAGCAAAUAUGCUUUCACAGCAUAACUUGUGUAUAUGUAAAGAUGAGUAUUUAAUUCUCACAGUUCACUUUUAACUGACAAAAUGUGAGAUUUGCCAAACUGUGGUAAACUUCUCCUUACUGUUCUGGUUAUGCCCAAGAAUGGCCAAUUAUGUGCCUGCCCAACACACCCAUAGAGUAAAAUCUAGUGUUGUGUUUUAAUCAAUUUCAAUAUCCCUUACUAAAGACUGACCAUUAUGUGAAUUAUUAAACUGUAAGACUUUUAACCGAUUGUUUAGUUAAACUGUGGAUGGUUGUUUAAUUUGAGUUCUGUGGAUUGUGUUUAAACAAUUCAAGAAUAUGUUCCCUGAUAUUGAAAUACGGAGUGGUAUUGCACAGCUGUCACCUUACUGAAUGUGUCCAACAGUUCUUUGAAACUUGAUUAUUAAGCAAACCCUUGUAUAACUUCAGGUGCUAGAAUUAAAGAUGAUCUAACCAUUA